UAUAAAGUCUGCGUUGCUCAAAACGAUUUACUUCAGACUAAUGUGUUGGAGAAUACAUUUUAAUUUAAAAUAUAGUUAUCUUUAUUUAUAAAACAAACAAUUUAACAUCGAUUUAAGGCUUAAAACCAGAGAAAUCAGAUUUUUUUUAUGCUGAAUUUAUUAAUUUAUUCAAAAUAAUCUUUUGAUGAUGGAGCAGGAAACCGAAGAAGGAGAGAAUCGUUUGCAGGACAGUGAGGUGAAAGAGGAGAAUCUGACGGAUGAGACAUGUCCAGAUGCUGAGGAGGAAGAUGAAGAGUCUCUUCCACAUUCAGAGAUCCUGGAUAUCUUCGAGGAGGGACUUGCUCGACUUGUGCAGGACCCUUUACUGUGUGAUCUGCCAAUCCAGGUGACUUUGGAAGAGGUAAACUCACAGAUUGCAUUGGAGUACGGACAAGCAAUGACUGUGAAGGUUGUUAAAGCAGAUGGUGAAGUAAUGCCUAUAGUGGUGGUGCAAAACGCCACAGUCCUUGAUCUGAAGAAGGCCAUUUGCAGAUUCAUGGAGCUUAAACAGCAACGAGAAGGUGGAGUGAAACAUGUCAGCUGGCGAUAUGUUUGGAGGACUUAUUAUCUGGUAUUUCAAGGGGAAAAGCUUGAAGAUGACUCGACAAGGCUCAAAGAUUACGGGAUUAGAAACAGAGAUGAAGUGACGUUUAUGAAGAAACUCAGAAAGAAGUGACUCAUCCAUUUGCCAAUGAAGUCGUUUUUCCAGCAUUAAUGAGCAUUUUUUUAAUUACCAUGUUAAAUAAACCAAGUGAUAAAAUGUAUGUUACUUGUUGAACUUGUUUUGAAUAUUUCUUAGAAUAUGAUUUACUUUUUUUGGAACUGUUUCUGCUCUAAAAGUGCUCAAAACUUUGUUCAUAAUGUGAUGAUUUUUGCUUUUUGUGCUCAGAUGAAAUAUAUCAAUAUUUAGCA